AUGAUCAACUCGAUUUUAUCACGAUCAAUAAAUAGAACAGUUAUUACUACUAUCUCUAGAUUAAAUACAUCAUCAUAUCUAUCAUCAUCAUCAUAUUCAACAAGUUAUUACUCUUACUCUAAUACUACUACUACAACAACAAAUAUAAUUAAAAGAACAAUGUCAACUUCAAAUACAAAUAAUAAUAAUAAUAAUAAUAAAGGAUGUUGUGAUCCAGAAGCAAGGAAACCACAACCACAACAAGGAGGAGGAAAGAAGAAAGGUGAAAAGAAAGUAACACCACCUUCAAAAUAUGUUGUAUUUACACCUGCUGUUAUCGAUAUGCCAGAUGAUGCUAAAUACAUUGAUUCUCAUUGUCAUGUAGAUCAAACAUUACAAAGAUUAAACAAGAUGUUACCAGACUUUCCACAAUUUGUAAAGGAUAACUAUCCACCACAAUUUGAGGCGUGUGUACAAGUAUGUUGUGAUCCAGUGUCGAUGGAAUAUACCGACUUUUUAGUUCAAUAUCCACAGAUUUAUGCUGCCUAUGGUGUACAUCCACACAAUGCCAAAGACUACACUGACACUGUAGAGAGCAAGUUGAUUGAACGUAUGAGUCAUCCCAAGACUGUUGCAUGGGGUGAAAUGGGAUUAGACUAUUACUACAAGAAUUCUACACACGAUCAACAGAAAAUAGCAUUCCGUCGUCAGUUGGGUGUGGCUGUGCCAUUGGGUAAACCAUUGGUCAUCCAUUCACGUGAUGCCGAAGAAGACACAAUUGCCAUACUCAAAGAGUUGGUGCCAAAGGACUACAAGAUUCAUAUUCACUGUCUCACAUCAUCCAAUCAACCCUAUAUCCUCCAACUACUAGAACACUUUUCAAAUCUAUGUAUUGGGUUCACUGGAUGUAUCACAUUCAAAUCUAGUGAUCCUAUCCGUGACUCUUUGGCAAUCAUUCCAUUGGAUCGUCUUUUAUUAGAGACCGAUGCACCCUACAUGACUCCAGAACCAUUCCGUGGUCAAAUAGCUCACUCCGGUCAUAUCCCACAUGUUGCCAAUCUUAUCGCUCAAAUUAAAGGUACUUCAGUCGAAGCUGUUUUAAAACAAUGUCGUGAAAAUACUAAAAAGAUUUAUGGUAUCUAA